AUGGAGCAGAAGGCAGAAGAGGAGAUGAAGCGCAUGGGGGAGGAGCUUGCUGCAGACGAGGCAGACGCCAGGGAGGCAGAGGCAGCCGCCCUGCGCCUGGAGGAGGAGCAAGGCAGGAAGGCGGCGGCGGCCAAGAGGAUUGAGGAGGAGAACAGCCGCUGGCUGCAGGAUCGGCAUAAGGAGUGGAUGCAGGAGCGUCAGGCGCGCAUGGACGCGAGCAUCGCGACUGCUGAGGCGGCCCUCGGGGUGGAGGGUGGCGGCGACCUUGACGUCCGCAUGCAGGAGCAGGCGGAGCUGGCCAGGCAGCAGCACCUGAAGGACGAGCAGGGAAAGCUGGAGCGCGAGAGGAACGAGCAGCUCCAGAAGAAGCGUGAGGAGGUGGUGAAACGCAUGGAGGACAUGAAGCGGAAGAAAGAGGAGGCGCAGCACAACGCUGCAAAGAGGAGGAAGCUGGCGGAAGAGAGGAUACAGGCGGCGCAGGCGAACCUCACCGCAACGCAGAAGGUGAUUGAGGCGAGCCAGAAGCUGAGCCUGGUCGCCUACAGGACCGACGGGGCAACUCGCGCCAUCCGCCAACUCGACGGAGCCGUCGACGCAGCAGGUGGCAGCGCCCCCGAGACCGACGAUGUCACACGGGUGGUGCGCAGGGAGCUCGAUCGCAGCAGGAGCCGCAGCCCUCACCCGCUGGACAUCACACCCCAACUAGGCUCGAAGGGUGGCAGGGACGUCGACGGCAGCGCUGGCAAAGGAGAGCUGACAGCCGCGCCGCCGCCGAAGACAAAGCAGGAACUCCUGGCCGAGAUCGAGAAUGAGGCGGACCUCAUCACCAGGGACAUCGCGUCAGGUCACAAUGCCGACGAAAUGACGAUGGAGUUUGCUGCCCAGCGCCUCGUCAAAAUUUUCAACUCCGACGCGCUGAAGAGGAUCCAGGAGCUGCGGGCGAAAGACCCUCUAUGGGCGGAGGAGGAGCGCAGGAGGACGGGCCAGACGGACAAGACGAUGGACGACGAGUUCACGGAGUUCUGGGAGACCAUGCAAGGCAAGGACUUCUACUUCGACCUGGACGAGUCCAUUUCGAAUCCAGCGGCAGCGAAGUGGAGGAGGGCGAAGCAGGCCGACCAGAAGCUCGCCGACGACUACAAGGAGGCGAAGGGGUGGCCUGCAAAGGCCAAGUUUAGGAGAGACUGGAUGGAGGGUCAGUUCACACUAUGGGCGGCAGAAACGAAGUACAAGAGGGGCGAGAUCAACGAGAAGGCGGAGAGCAAGGACGGCCAGUACAUCCCGCUGGCCAGGAUCGCAGUGGAGUAUGGCGGUGGGUUGACAGGCCUCCGCGCGGCAAUCAACUGGUGCCAGAGUUGCAUAUUGCUGGGCGGCGAGCACGUCGAAUACUGCCCGAGGGCCAAGCAUCUCAACUACCUGCACGUGGUCCACAAGCUCACGGACACCUACAAGAAGACGAUGGAGAAGUGGGAGAUAUGGACGAAAUCGGCAGAUCCAUCGCCUGAGCACGGACAAGGACAAGGACAAGGACACGUGCAAGGGCAAGAACACGUCGAGGCGGGCAAGCUCACGGGCAACGACAAGGACAAGGACAAGGGCAACCGCAAGGGCACGGAUCAUCCUGUCGAGAGUGCCGCCAAGGCAAAGGCCAAAGGCAAAUCAAAGGCCAAGGCCAAGCAGAAGGCAACCAGCGGCGGUGGUGGUGGCGACGGAGGCAACCCUGGCGACAUUGGCGGCGACCCCCCCGAGAAGAAGGGGACCUUCCUCACGGAGUUCCGUAAGACGCGCACCAUCCAGCAGUGCAUGGUGAGCGACCCUGACUGGUCAUGGGCGUCUGCGACCAGCAAGGAUCGUAAUGGACAUGACCAGCUCCUGUCCAAUGCGAUGACCGACGCUCUCGACAAGGUGACCGCGGUGAUCACGGGCGACGCGAGGAUGGCUCAGCUCUUCUCUGUCGAAGUGAACGAGUUCAAAAAGUACUGUCUCUCCGAUGAGGAGUUCGAGGACACUCUGAAGCACGCGAACAAGACGAUGACCAGGUUGGUGGAGGGCCUGGCCACGGAGAACAAGAAGAUGCUCAGGCAGCACCAGGCGCGCAUGGCCGAUUGA